AUGGUAAUGAUCUUCACCUGUCUGGGGUGAAGAUCUCAGGAUCAGUUCGACUUCUGAUGGCACUCGGGGUGGAGGUGAACUCUGAGUGGUUUGGUUAAUAGAUAAAGUACUGAAACAAUGUUUGGCAGUGGAAUACUGGAUGCUGGGAUCGACCAGGCUGAUGAGAAUCCGAAGAGGGUCCCGCUAGAGAGAUCCAUCUCAGAAUACAGUGAACGUGAUGUGCAGUGCGGUUUUUGGGUGUGUCGUGGACGGUUCUGGCAAAGGCUGGCCAGCAAGAAAUUGUACGUGUUCUUGUUCGGAAUAGUUGGAUGUUUGUUUGGUUCCACUACAGCAUAUUUCUACGGAACGUUAACUACGGUUGAGAAGAGCAUACAGAUUUCUUCAAAAAAUGCGGGAAUCAUCACGGCAGGAUCAGAUCUCUCAUUCGUGCUAUCGUCCUUGUUCCUCUCGUAUUAUGCUUCCAACAAAAGGAAGCCGCUGUGGAUUGCCAUGGGGAUCACAAGCAUGGGACUGUCCUGCUUCGUAAAUGCACUACCUCACUUUCUAUUUGGACCCAAUGUGGAUGAGCUUAUGCAAAAUGUGGGGAAUGUUACAGUGGGAGCAACAAAAAUGACAGAUAAUUUGUGUAGAAUGAAUAGAGCACCACCUGAUUGUUCAACAGAUAUUGGGAACUUACGACCUCAAUUGCUUCUAUUUUUGGGAAGCUUCCUCUCUGGCAUUGGUAGCUCACUGUAUUUCACAUUAGGAUUAACCUACCUGGAUGACAAUGUUCGAAAAGAGAAAGUACCAUUCCUGUCCAGCCUGUCGGCUUUUGGAAGGAGAUUGGGCCCUAUGCUGGGCUAUUCUAUGGCUGCUCUAUGCUUGAAGUAUUUCGUCUUCCCGGGCGUUGAUCCAGGUUAUGGGACAUCGGAUCCCAGAUGGAUUGGUGCGUGGUGGACAGGGUGGAUUGCACUUGGGGUUGCCCUAUUCUUGGUGGCUCCUAUUUUCGCUGGGUUUCCCAAAAUUCUUCCUCGAGCUGCUGAGCGGAAGUCAUUGUCACGGCAAGCUAGCCGACUAAGUGGAGCAACCGUUGAAGAAACUGAGCCGGAAACGUCUUUCUCUGACCUCCUACUUACGAUAAAGCGAUUGGUCACCAACAAAGCAUACGUAUUCAAUAAUACGGCUAGCAUUUUCUACUUUUUUGGAUACAUGCCUUACUUCCUGUUUCAAGCCAAGUACAUUGAAAUCCAAUAUCGGCUGACUCCGUCGCAAGCAAAUAUGGUGACGGGAAGUACAUCGCUGGUAUUCUCCGCUUUGGGAAUUUUAAUAGCCGGAGCAGUGAUCCAAAAGAUCAAACCGACAUCGAGGCAGUUGACGGGUUGGAACAUUUUCACUAGUAUAUGCUCUGCUGGACUCAUAGUGAUGUACGCCGUAUUUGGUUGCAAUGAAAUUAAUAACUCAUCGAUUGUGAGCAAUUCUCAAGAUGUCAGCUGCAAUGUUGGUUGCAAUUGCGACUUCAUCAAAUAUGCUCCAAUUUGUGGAAGCGAUGGAAAUACUUACCUGUCUCCAUGCCAUGCAGGCUGUAAAGAGCAAAUUAAGCAACUCAAUGGCACGAUCCUCUACUCAGAAUGCUCGUGUAUUCAGGGCUCCCUUAACUCCUCGUACGCGUUCUCCUAUUCGACGCAAUUUGAAAAUUCGAGCUCAUCGGACCCAUCAACUUUGGUAGGAACGGCCAUUUCCGGUAGCUGCCCUGUAAACUGCAUGACUCCGUUUUACAUGUUCCUGAUAAUGGUGUGCUUGAAUAAGUUUAUCGGUGGUACUGAAUCAGCAGCUAACUUUUUGGUUGGAUUACGCUGUGUUGAAGAACGAGACAAGGCAAUUUCACUGGGAUUUUCAAUGGCCAUCAAUACGUUGUUCUCCUUUCUGCCGGCCCCCAUCAUAUUUGGAAUGAUCAUCGAUCGAACGUGUGUCCUGUGGGGUCGGACAUGCUCGAAACAAGGAAACUGCUGGCUCUACGAUGGACAAUCUCUGCGGACAUCGAUGAAUUACACAUCAGCUGCUCUGGUCAUAGUGGGGACUUGUUUCGACGUGGGCACCUGGUGGUAUUCUAAAAAUUUCAAAAUCUUCGAUGAAAAGGAGCACAAAUCCAGCGACGCUGGUCAACAAGAUGCUUCGGAAGCGGAAGCGGCAGAACCAUUCACUAUAAACGGUGUCGAACGGACUGAAUUGACUGUAUUGAUGAAGGAACAAAACGAGCGAGAAUAAAGCGACUACUUUUAGUGCCCAAUUUA